AUGACAAGGGGAGGGGGCGUGGCCCGCUGCAGAGGAUGCAAACAAAAGCGCAUAAAAAACUUAACCCUGUGUGUGCCGAGGGGAAAUGGCUGCUUCUCUGUGUUGCCUUCUGCGGUUGACGCGAAUGGCAUAAAAAUAAGUUGCCUUUGUUUUUUUUAUAUGUAUUUUUUUUUUCUCCCACCUCCCUCCAGAGAAUGGCGGGGAGAAUAAAGAAAAGGCGACGGGGAAAGACGGGGGGAUGCAGCAUGCAAUGAAAUAAAUUCUGUUAAUUUCAGAUGCAGUCCCACUGAGAUGUCGCAUGCAAAACGCUCGCAUCAAGUGCAGAAACGAAAUCAAAAACACUCGAACCCCAAAGGGGAAGUCAGGAGCCCGGGAAACGUGACAGAACCGCUGUUCACCGGCAGCAAUCCGGGUUUAUCCUCUGAGUUAUCCUCCGCCGGAGAGGAGACUCCAAUCUUAAUUUGUUGCAGAACAAGAGCGGAUUUUUAUCGAAACGCCAUAAACUGCCUUAUGCUGGCUUUCCUUUUCUUUCGGAUCUCAGAUGAGCUACUUUGCAAAUCUGGCCAUCACAAUUUAAAGGGACUACUAACAAUAUUAUAUUACUUUGAGAUCCGUUUAGUUUAGAUUUAGUUUUUUUUUACGUGAAAGUCCUUUUCACUUUACAGUAAUUCAAUAAAUUUUUAUCUAUUACAAAUAAUUUAAUUUGCUCAACUGUUUCUAAUAGUUCUAUUAUAUAUAAAGCUUUUUCCUGUCUGGAUUUAUUUGAGUUAGUUUAAAUUCUUUUUUUAGCUAACUAACAAAGUAAAAAUUUCACUGAUUCUGCAAACUCGUGUACGCAAAACCUAUUUAUAUAAAACAAUCCCAAGUUUUGCUAAGGGAGUCUUCUAGAUGUAAGACAUCCUCCUGAAGUUUCGCAAUCAAAACCCCCGAAAAUCUUCAAUAGCCCGCAAUAGCAUUCGCCGAAUGGCAAGUGUGUAGAAUUACUCGGGGUAAUGGGGUCACCUGCUUUCCCUUUUAAUGAACUCUUUUAUUACGAGGGUGGGCACAAUUAUGUAAAGCCUUGCUCGCUGCAGAGAGACCCUCAAUAUCUUCGUUCAAGUCGGGCGAAAUUCUUGUUGCUUUUCGACUUUGUUUGUUUACAAAACUGUCGCACACACACCCAAGCCCAACACACAUACACACACACACAUGCGGAGAGAGAGAGGAGGCGAUACACCCACACUUGCACGCCCCUUCUUCCUCUUCCUCUCUUUCUCUCAAUCCUGCGAACAUGAGCCAUUGGCAUUUGCUAACUAAACACAGUUUGUCUCCGUCCGUGUUUUGUGUCUAUGUCUGUGUGUGUGUGUGUGUGUGUGUGUUAGUGUUAUCAUGUCAGGUGUGCUACUGCGUAUGCAAGUGUGAGUGUGGAUGUGCGUUUGCCUGUGUGCGUUUGUCGCAGUGUUUCAGUUUCAUUCUGCGUUGCCUUUUACAACGAGCGACGAGCUGAAAUUUGUUCACACUAAAAAUAUUUUUACGUUUAUUUCGUUCACAGCUGGCUGCUAAUGCAGUGCCAACGAGCGAGAUGGCACUACACAGACAGGGAUGCAGAUAUCAGGAGAAGGUCCUUGCUAUCUCUUCACUACCCCCUUUCCCUCCGCCUCCCCCUCCCCCUCUCUCUUUUUGCCCCAAAAAAGUCCUGGCUUGUAACUCGACUCGUUUAUCUGUCUGAAUGUGUCUCAUCUCCUCGCUUUUUUCCUUAUAUUAUAUAUAUGUGUGUUUGUGUGUGUGUGCUUAUUUUUUAUGCUGCCUGCUGCAGUUGUUGUUGUCUUUCAGCCUCCCCCUCCUUCGGCCACGCCCCCUCUUCACCCAACGCCUCCUCUAUCCUUCGGUUGCGUGUUCAUCUCGCGUUUAGCCCGCGAGCAUGCAACACUUUUCUCGCACUCAUCCUGCUACACUCGCCAACAAAAAAGAGUUUGGGGAAAGUAUGAGCGGUGGGGGGAGCGGUUGGUGGAGCGGUUGGGGGAACAAAAUGGAAAUGGACAUGGCCAGAGGACCGGAACGCGGUAAAUGGAACGGAGCUACGCGUUAAGUUAUUUGAAUGAAAUGGAUUGUAAACGAUACCCGAAAGUUGAAUUCCACCCAAAGAAAAUAUAACUUCUAGCGUAAUGAUUGAAUUUCGUGGAAUUCAUAUUCGAAAAAAUUUUCAACUUAUUAAAUAUAGAAAUGACAGAAUAUGAUUCUUUAAUAAGCCAGCUUAAACAAGGAGGGUAAAUCCUUAAAUUAAACAACAAUUCCUCAAAUUCUUCCAAUGAUUCUAAAUAAGUUAUAAAGACGAACGCUUUAAAAUGGCAUUACAUUCAAUAUUUAAACUAACAUAAAACAAUUGCUCAAGGCUUUUUUUAAUAUUGUAAAGCAACAAUUUAUAUUUAUUUCUAUAGCUAUACUUUAUUCUUCCCGUGUAAAAAUGUAAAUGAAGAUUGAGUUGGCCAAAAGAAAGAGGAAAGAAAGCGAAGAUGCGGAACCCACAACGGCACCGCCGUCACCCCGAAUCACCAGCGGAGGCGGUAAAUUAAUUUUUACAUCCACUGCCAGCGAAAAGGAUGAAUGACAAAAACGCCCACGAAUAUGAAGCGAAGGACUCGAUGCAAACAAUGCACAACUCGAAGGUUUCGAGGACAGACGAAGGAUGAGCUCCUGAGCGGCGAGGACCUCAUGAAGGAGGAUUGCAAUCAAGUUGGCGUGGGAUUGCCUAAAUGUCGGUGCCUACCUUAAGGCGAUUGGAUUAGGCCAGGCUCUCAGGCGAAACUCAUCUCGGCAAUGGGAAUUCCACAGAGCAUUUAAUGUGGAAUUCCUCGGAGGAAACUGUGAUUGGCGUAGUGGUUCUCAGCAAAUAAAUGCUGCUAUUUAAAUUGAAAUAUUCAUGGCACGGACCAAGUGAAAUUUAAUAUGAAUUUCCAUAUUGCAAAUUCAGUUUCAUUACAAGCUAACUCACCAAAUAGAUCAAAUAACUUUGUAAAUAAUUUAAUUUGGUUCUUAGAACACAAAAGCUGUUUUUAAUGAACAACAUUUUACGUGCCGAAGAUCUUUUAUGAAAUUCUCGAAUAAUUUAAUAAGGCAUGGAACAAAAAUAAAGCAACUAAACUGAAUUCCUUUUGUUAUUAAAAUAUAUAAUUCGGAAUCUAUAAAAUUUUGAAAAUCAAAUCAAAAAUAUUUCAAUAGUUAACCAACU